CGGGUGUGUGGCUCAGAAGUGCUACGGUACCUGCGCUCGGUGACUGGUCAGAGCCGUGGUCAGGAGGAGCUGGCGAUGCUGCAAAGCAUGCUGGACCCUAAGGGGGCGGACCCAGCACUGGACCGACUCCGAUUCCACGCCAUCAUGAACUCUUGGAUACACCACUGCAGCCAGCAGAGAGAAGACUCCAGUCAGACUGCAGCUGAACUUGAGACUGAAAGCGUCCGAGGUGCUGAGUUUUGUCCUUCAGACCCUGAGCCCUAUGACAGCCCCAGUCAGGUUCAGUUGCUGCAGUGUGAGUUGGCGGAGGUGAAACAUGUGUGCCAGGCGCUCCGUUAUCAGAAUGUUGAGCUGAUGAGGGCCGUUACCCAUAGCGACGACCUCAACCUGCAGCUCACCAUGGAGAUGACCGAGUCACGCAGCAAACUGACCAGUGCCCAGCUGGCGGAGGUGAGGGUGGAGUCUCUGUGUGAAGAGCUGGAUGAGGUGCGUCAGGCUCUGAGGGAGAGUCAGGACCAGCAGGCACUCAGCCAGGACGCCUAUAACUCUCUGGUAAAGGAAAAUGAAAACUUGACAGCCGAGCUGAAGGCCGUUGAGGAAAAGAGUGAGAGGUGGGGUUUGGAGAGGAGUCUGUCUGAGGAGCAGCUCAACAAACUGAGGAAGGCCAACACCCGCAUCAAGGCCGAGCUUGAGGAAUGUCACCUCCUGGUGGCUAUAAAAGACAGCGAAGCCUCCAAGAAAACGGUUCUGCUAGAACAUCUGAAGAACCUGCAGCUGCAAAGCCACAGAAACAUAGAGGGUCUACAGGCUGAGUUGCUGAGGUUGCAGGAACAGUCCCGUAAAACACUGCACAGGUUGGAGAGCCAAUCUCUGUAUGGUCCACUGAGGAGGGGCGGGGCCAGUUCUAACCAUCACUCCCUACGGCAAGAACUCCACAGUCUGCAGACGCAAGGUGGGGGUGUGGAGGAAGGGGUGGCUCAAGCAGGCGGAGCCUCAGAUCUGCAUCCCACCCUGAAGAGCAUCAUCAACAGGAUCAAAGCCCACGACCUCUCACACUGCACUGAGACGAAUGCUAUGGAGAGCAUGGCUGAUACUGAGGUGAUACAGGAAACACCAAGCUACAUAAACAUCAAUAAACAGCUACUCAUCAGCCUGUUGUGUAAGGUUGAGCAGCAGCAGCGUGCUGUCUGUGUGGAGCAUGUAGAGGUGCACUCUGUAGCCAUGACCAGCAGGGGGCACUGUGCUCCAACACACACACCGCUGGAGGCUGAGCAGGAACACACACACACAGGUCCAGCAGCUGCAGACUGA